AUGCGUGAGUUCGAACUUACAGGGGCUAGAUACCAGCCUUGUACUGUCCUACGCGAUCAUCACAUCCCUUACGUGAUUUGGUUUGAAGAUGCCCUCCUACGCUAUGGUAUCCCGACAGGAAUCUUUCAUCUCUAUCUUCUAGUCAAUAACCUGGACGAAGCCGCUGAGGUUUUGAUACAGCGGCUCGGCUGGACCUUGAGUUCGGCACCAGCAAGGAUUGGAAGCGCGACUGUCGACACGCCGCAGCGCCGACUGCUGCCUCCAACCAAUGACAAUGAGGACCCGCUAUAUUGGCUCCAUAUCACCUGUCACGUCGAGUACCUCUACCGCUACAAUAUAGAUGUCAAGGUCAAGUCGUUUGCGCAGAAAUUAAAGAGGAAGCAUCAACAGUACCAUUUUGAUAUGCUAUCAGGAAUGGACAGAGGAAAUCUGCGGUGGUAUCGUCACGAACGCAAAAUUCGAGAUGCUUUGCGGGAUGGCUCGUGGACACUGUGCGAUUGUUCUCUUGAUGCGGACGCGGAUCCUACGACGCAACUCGAGGGCGCCUAA